GCUGAUGAGCCGCAUUUUGUUCGACAAAAAGUCAUCUUGUAAAAGCAAUAUAGAAGCAUAUUGUAGAGCUAGUGAAUGAGGCACUAAACACCUUCAUUUUACAUCCAUUCAAGACCUACACUUUUCAGGAUGCUGACUGCUGUUUUGGGGCUACUGUGUGUCACAGGUCUCCUUGCCAAUGAACUGCAGAUUUCUCAGCCCUCACAUCUCACAGUUUUACAAGGGGAUUCUGUCACAAUGAACUGCUCUUUCAACUAUACCGGGGAUAAUAGGGUGUAUGGCAAAUGGUACAAAAGACAACGAGAAGGAGAACACCACUAUCUGGAUAACAGCAGCACUGCCUGUGUGCUGCUUCAGCUGGCGCUCCUGCACAAAGUAUCUGAGUGCGUUGUGACGAUACACUUUCCAAAUAUCAGUUUUAACCAUUCUGGAGUGUACAACUGUAAAGUUAAGAUUCCAUCUUCAAUAUCACCUGUGAACAGCGAAGGAGAAGGCACUAGACUAGAGGUUUACGCGCCUCCUUCCUCCGUAAGCAUUUAUCAAAGUGCAGAAGAGGUGGUGGCAGGUGCAGGCUUUACGCUAACAUGUGUCGCUCGUGGAUUUUACCCCGCGAGCGUUGGCAUAGAGUGGUUUCACAAGGGGGCGCUGGUGAGCUCCGGUGACAAAGCUGACCGCCAUCAGAAACACAAAGACGGCUCCUUCUCUGCCAACAGUCAUCUUCGGCUUUUCCCAAAAGCCAAAGACCAGGAGAUGGUAUUCACCUGUAACGUGACCCAUGUAGCACUCCAAACGUCAAUAUCAAGAGACGCCCAUUUGAGCGUAAAAUAUCCCCCCCUAAACCAGAUGGUUUACCACCGUUUGUCUCCCAGCGACAGGUUCCAGCCUCUGGUGGGACGCUCCCUCUACUGCCCCCCUGGGUCGUAUCUGGAACUGCAGUGUAUUGUGGAGAGUGAGCCAGCUUCCCUGGUCGUGUGGUUUAACAUAAGCAACGCAGUACUGGGGAAUGGAACAAACAGCACUGCAACAAUGAAAAGGCAGGCGAGCGAUGGUGGGGUUUACUGGUGUCGAGGAAGCAACGCAUAUGGAACCGUGCAGCAGGAGGUUCGUGUCAACCCGGAAAGUUCCAUCCCGGUCAGAAUGGUUACAUACCCCCUCUUUGUGAUUACUGUCUCAGCUUUACUGCUGUACAGGAAAUACGGUGAAGGGAAGAACUCUUGAACAAUGCAGAAAGACUCCAACAAGAACCCAGCAAGGAAAAACGGGUGCCCAAUUUACAUAACCACACCCCUUCCGGGCACCAUCAGCCAAUCAGAAACAAAAUGAACAUGCAUAUAGAAACUCCAGCAAGCCUCUGUUUUAUACAGUGCUUAGGGAGGCUGAAAACAGCCAAAAAUACCCUUUUUAUAUGAUCAUUUAGUGUAUUCAGGCAAAUGCUACCUCUAGUAUUCUCAAGCGUUUAAUUCAUCAAAACAGAUGUGACCACUGUGUCUUUAUGCACCUUUUGGAGAAAACAGCAGACGUCAGAUUGGAGCUCCGCCACUCUGCAUAACAGAUUGCAUUCGCUGUCGUAAAUCGUGUGAAACUGUAGUGCCACACUGCAAACUCUAAGCUGAUUAAAGGAUAACUCGCAAACUGAAAAACAACAGUCACCUGCCCCUGAUAAACUGUCUGUAACCUGCAAAGAAGUAAAAAUAUCCUGGACCCAACACAAGGAAAGGACAAUGCAAUAACUUUUCCAAUAAACUGCAUGUUUGUUCAAUAAAUGCUCCAUAUUUUUCUUGUCAUUUAAUCACACA